UAGAGCUAGGGCAGGGCUUCCGUUACGUACAGUCUACUUAGAGUGUUCUCAGGUAUACACGCAUCUCGUGGUGGCACGCAUCGUGUUAAAUUAAAUAGAAGUCGGAUAGCCGUUGUGUGAACACAGCUGGAUACCCGAGGGAAAAGCGAAGGACAAGACGUUUGAUCUCCGUAUCGAGCCGCGUGGAAGAUUAUUUCAAAAAUGAAACAUUUCGUGCAUCAUUAUGUGUGUCUGGCUGUAUUACUGACAGCGGUCUCUGCGAGAUCAGCUGAAACUAAUCCUGCGGUUAACUCUAUCAAUGAGCAACAAACUGCAAGAUCAAAUAAUGGCAUAUUUGGCGACUUGCGUUCCAUCUAUCUAUUAUACAAGGAAUGUUCCAGUAGAGAAUUGGAUUCUUGCUUGAAGCUGAAGCUUUUAUCGGCUAUAGACAGGGUAUCUCGAAUGUCACAAUUGCAUGUGACUGAUGGCGUAACUCUAGUACGAGAUGAAUCAAUUACUAAUGAAUCCGAACCAGAAAAAUCUUUGGAAGAAAUCGAAGCUAGUUUACCCCGAGCAUUAGAUGACAAAGAGAACGUUAUUAAUAAUAUGAUCUUCGACAAAAUUGCCAAAUUCUUUCAAAGUCAUACUCUAAAGCUGAAAUUGCCAAAUGUAGAGGAACUCCAACGUAGUCUCACAGAAGAAGGUCGCAAGAAGAAAAAUAAAAUGAGUGGUCUUCUCGCUAUUCCUCUGUUAAUUGGUGGUACGUUAGUGCCCUUAGCGCUCGGCGCUCUCGCGUUGUUGGCUGGCAAAGCGCUGAUAGUGAGCAAAUUAGCGCUCGUACUCGCUUCUAUCAUUGGAUUAAAGAAACUCGUAUCUGGUGGACACGAUCAUGGACACGAAGUUGUUCAAGUUGGAGGAGGACAUGGAUCGGGCGGAUGGGCGAGAUCGGGACAUGAUAUUGCCUAUUCUGCAUACAAACCAUCGACAACUUAGGAAAAAAACUUAUAAAUGUUAUCAUAGCAUUUCUUCAACUUGACGUUAUUUCCUCUCUCAAAAUUUUUUCUUCUUUUUCGCAUAAUUUCUAUUUAUUUCCAUCCUGCAAAUAAUUCUUUCCAAACUCUGUACGCAAAACUCACAUCUGUCUGAUCUCUCUUUUCACUGUCUCCUAUCCAGUUGUGUUCACUUUAGGUCAUCGCACGUACGAUGCCACUCAUGCACGAAUCAUCCUUGAUAUUUAUUGUUUCAUACGAAGCUGCGAUACACUCGUUGUCGUAUAAUAUGUAUUAUAAAUGCGCAAAUAAAUUAAGCUUAUAAUUAUCAAA